CAAUCGCAUCGUUUCUGCGUCUCUUUCUGCAACUAGCUGCUCAUUUCUUUACUUACCAUCGACAAUUUUCUGAGUGAGCAUUGAAUUAACAUGGCAUCAAAAGGUGGCCGUAGUCCGGAUAUCUUAGUCACCCUUAGCCCAAGCAGAGCUCGGCAGAAAACCGGAAUAGACAAAUUGACAGAACUGAUAGCAGAACUCCAACAAGGACACACACCAAAUGCAAGGAAACUGCAAGAUACGCUGACUUACGCUGCAGGUGUACUAAAGAACGUGACAAGCAUGCCAGAUGUAAGAGAAGACGAGCUGAUUAUUUCUGAAGACGAGGAUUCGGCGGCUACGAGGUGGGUCAACGGCACGUUUCGUCGGCGCAGCACCGGCGACGCUAUGACUGACGAAAGACUCAAAGAAUUACACGAGAUCGGCAAGACGUUGCCUUUAACAAACGAAUGGAUGGAACAACUCUUGCAGAAAGCGGAUAUCAAAGAAUUCUUACAAGUGUCGCAUCGUUGGACGUUCGACAGCAUUGAAUUGCGAGGGCUGACGACGAGACCAUUACAGUGUAUCGGAUUCAAAGUAUUUCAAGAGUACGACCUGAUGUCGACAUUGGCAAUCAGUGCCAAUGUUCUUCAUCAAUUUCUCACUGAGAUUGAGAGAAAAUACAUUGAUCCUAAUAAUCCGUAUCACAACGAAACACACGCUACAGAAGUCACACAAGCAAUGCAUUCGCUCAUAGCGAAUACAAACCUACAAAAUUGGUUGAGUAAACUGGAAAUGUUGGCUUGCUUUCUGGCUGCCAUAAUUCAUGACGUUGACCAUCCGGGUACCACAAACGAGUUCAAUGUCAUUAGCAGGACCGAGCUGGCUAUUGUAUACAACGACAAGUCGGUUCUCGAAAAUCAUCACUUGAGCACAGCGUUCAAUGUGAUGAAUAAGGAUUCAUGCAACAUUCUAUCACGAUUGAAUACUUUAGAAUUCAGGGUGGUGCGGACAAUGAUCACCGAAUUGGUGCUGGCAACUGAUAUGGAAUUGCAUUCUAGCCAACUGAAACAGAUGGAAACCAUUUUAGAGAACGAUAAGCUAGAAAACUGUCACAAGAUACAGGUCAUGUCCUGUUGUCUCCAUUGGUGCGACAUCUCUCAUCCAAUGCGAAGCAAAAAGGUGAACGAAAAGUUUACAUAUGAUCUUCUCCAAGAGUUCCAAAAGCAGGGACAGAAAGAGAAAGCAAUGGGUUUACCUAUCUCGCCCAUGUGCGAAGAAGACAAUAAAAGCAAUGUGUCUAAGAGCCAAACAACAUUCAUUGACAACGUUGUCAAACCGUUGCUCGAUGUGGUCACACGUAUAGUGCGCAAAGAACUCGUUAAAGACGACUCGUCUUCGUCCACGGUACGUUUGGGCGAUCGAGACAAGAAAGCGACGGCAAAAGCAACGAGUGGAAACUAUGAAGAGUGGAUAAAAAUAGUUACGGAGUCUUGUGAAGCUAAUCUGAAGAAUUGGGCGUCAAAAGAAGACGGACGAGAAACGAAAGAUGAGACGCAUGAACGUAGCAAUUAGACGAGCCAAGACUAACAACUGAUGUCAUAUUUAUGGUAUUGUGUCAUAGGUGAGUACUUGGUUGAGUUUCCUAAAAGUUUAGGCUGUACUGAGAUUGCCUAAGUGUUUGAUACAUUUGUAUCAUCUUGCAUUGAUUUAUCAAA